AUGGGAUUGUUGGAUAGUGUCGAAGGCUGUCUAGAGAAGGCAUUGGGCAAGAAGGUACAUAUUGAGCCAUCAGCCCAGCUGCUCAGCAAACCGGGUAUCACCUCAGAGGAGGAGAUCGUGAGCUCAGCUUUGGAAUACUCAAUGCAGCGUUCAGGUAAAGCAAUCAUCGCCACAGCGCACAAGUACAAUUUGGGCUUGGACAUUCGUACGGCCGCCUAUGCGAACGCCAUUGAGAAGGUCUACAACACCUACAAAACAUCUGGAUUCACAAUGGCCUAA